UUUCAUUCAUGACUUCACGGGAGAAAAGUGUUCGAUUUGUUUUUCUUUGCCAGCAGUGAAGAUUUUUUAAUCUGGAGCAAAUUUUUAGUUUUUCCAGGAUUUCUGGCUUCCUUUUGAACGCGUGCGCUCCGUGAUGUGUACAUUCCACUAAGAAGCUGAACAUUCCAGACGAGUUGAGUUGUGAAAUAUGUGUCGAUCCGUCGCAAAGAGAAGAACCAUUCCGAAGAAAUUAUUGCUCGCAAUCGAAGGGGAAGAUAAGUCGUCCGAUGACGUUGGCCAAAAUCUGCGCUGCGGCUGCUGAGUUUUGCGUCUUUGAUUAGUGCGGAACGGAGAGCGAUGCCGUGCGAGGCCUGCCACGUCCAGUUUGGGCUGAUUACGCGCAAAAAGUGCUGCGCCGAGUGCCGGAGGUUGUUCUGCCGGAGCUGCCUGGAAAGGCGGGACGAGCGGAUUCUGUGCCAGAACUGUCUGGUGCUCACGAAGCGGCCCCUCUCGAAGGUGGACCUGGGCCAGCUCAAGGUGAAGGAGUUGAUCUUUUACCUGCAGUCGAAGCACAUUUCCACUUCCGGCUGCGUCGAAAAGGACGACCUGGUCAAUCUGGUGCUGGCCCACGUGAACACUGGAACGACAAACAGUCCGCGCAGCCCGCUCGGAAGUCCCGGCAGUCCUGGCGGAAAUGGCACGUACGGCAGCACGACGGGCGCGUUCCACUUUAGCUCGGCAUCGUCAACCGGGGGAAGUAGCGGCGGGGGUGGGAAUGGUGGUGGUGGGAGGAGACGUCCGGAUGGUGGCCGCGGAAGCAACUCGGGUGCGUCGUCCCGGUACGGGCAGUUUUAUUCGACCAGUGCCGAAAAUUGCGCCAACACGUUCGACCAGAUCAAGAACACUUGCCAGAAUCUGUUUUCGUCCAUUUCGGAGAAGCUGGGAUCGGAUCCCAAAAGCCAGCAGCCCCACAAUCCCGGCGGACCCCGCUUCUCCAACUCUUCCACGGAGGAAAAUCUGCGGCCGCGUCCAGACCGGACGUCACCGACGAGCGUUUACCAGCAGCCCCGGUUUGGCAGCAACGACGUGUACCAGGUUAAUCUGCCUCCGCCAACAACUACGCCCGGGAUCAGCCCAACCGACGAGGUCCGGAACGGCCCCGGUAUGGUGCCAAACGCCGAUGAAGACGGCGGAAGCGGCCUCACGAGCGGGGCCGACGACACGAGCGCCAAUACUUCGUCCGUAUCGUCGCCGGAACAUCGAUCAGGGGCUGCGGAUGCGCUGAGCGUUCGAAUCGAGAGCAUGCUGGCCUCGGACGCGAUACAGAACCCCGGUGGCUGUGACUGCUCCGACGAUGAGGAGGAAGGCGGUGGCGAAGAACCGAAAAAGGCAGCUUCGGAGGAGAAUCUGCUGCCGGAGGUGGAGCCAGCGGCGGAAGCCGGCCCGAGUCAGCGCCUUUCCGUGCCGGAAUCAAACACCGACACGUGUUCUUCGUCCUUUGACGAGCUGAACCCGGAGUGCGUGGCGAGCCCGCCGGAACGCCCACCAACCGCCGACCCGACUGACCCGGAAAACUGGCAAAUCGUCCACGUUCCGACGCCGUCCGCGACGACGCCGUCUCCAAUCAACGAAUCAACUCUUCCACAAACGACGAUCAGCACGGCAACGAUGACCGAACAACCCCAAGCGACGACGAACCCCGGUGAUGAUGUUCCUCCCGUCUGCCCGAGUCAGACGCCCCGGCGGCACUCUGACAGCAGCUUCCUACUGGCGGUAGUCCCGAGCGGGUCCCGCGGACGUUCCCCCGUACCGGAACCUCCGGCCCAGUCUAGUCAACCCUCGGUCAUCACCAAUAACAAGUGCUUUAAGUGCGGCAAGCGGCGGAACGGCCUGCGGAGGCAGCUGAAAAAGUUCCGCCGGCAGCUGGAAGUGACCGGCGGCGUCUGUUCGGAGGCGGAGAAGCGCCGCCAGCUGGAAGCGUUCCUCGGCUAUCUGGAGCGACGGAGCAAAGGUUCGCUCGAGCUGUCCACGGAUACGGACUCGAUUACGGAUCAGGAUGCGAGCAUCAGUUUGGCGUUGGACGGGGAGCCGAUGGAACUGGGCGGAGGAGCGGAAGGAAGUUCGCACUAUCCGAGGGGAGGGGCUGGCGACGACGAGGGACUGGAGGUGAAGAUCACUGUGUACUCGUCCGGAAAUCAGGAUUUGGCCAACAUGAGCCACCUUAAGCUCAGCGAUAUCAAGGAGAGCGCUGAUCUGGACGUCCUGUCGGUGAAGCAGCUCAAGGAGCUGCUGAUGCUGAACCGUGUCGAUUUUAAGGGCUGCUGCGAAAAGCCGGAACUGCGCGAGCGUGUCCUCCGACUGUGGCGGGACUUUAAGUCGAUUCCAUCGAUCGAGAAGCUGACGACGGACGAUUUGUGCAAGAUCUGCAUGGACGCGCCGAUCGAGUGCGUCAUUCUCGAGUGUGGCCACAUGACCACGUGUACGGCCUGCGGCAAGGUCCUCAGCGAGUGUCCCAUCUGUCGGCAGUACAUCGUGCGGGUGGUUCGAUUCUUCCGGGCGUAACCGGGGGGCGGGGACGCGGGCCAGCAAGGAAUUGUAAAGGUUGAAACUAUAGCUUUGUGGUGGUGAGCUCUCGGUGAGAGCGUUUGGUACUACACUAUUUAUAAUGGAAAAAGUAGGAAAAAAAAAGAAAGAAAGAGCGAGGGAGAGGGGUUUAUUAGAAUUUUGCUCACGGCGGUGGCAUCACACACAUUCACACAGCGGACAAGUCAAAUUUAGAUAUUUCGUGUUAAGGAAAUUGUGAUUCUAAGCUAGUAAUUUGUUUGGAACGACAACAAAACAAUAAACCAUGUGAAAGAAGGCAAACAGCAAAACGAAAUUAUAAUAUAUUCACGGAACUAAAAUAGUCACGUCAAAAAUGGUGUUUAUUGUACAAGACAAUGAAGGUGGGGAAGAAAUCAAGGAUUGUGCUCUAGGUGUGUAAGUGGAACGAAACGUACUUUGCUGUACCCUCACUCACACACUCAUAACAGACACACACACAGAUAAUCUGUAUUUGUUAAAAUUUGUUAAUAUUUUAUAGUUUCUUUAAUCUACCAAGUGAUAAUCACGGAUAGUAAGAUGAUUCAGGUUGGUUUGAAACCGAGUGCAAACAACUUGCCAAGUACGAAAUUAGAGCAACUAACUAGAAGAAGCUGGCAAAAUAAAAUAAGAAAACAAACUAGUAUCGAUUGUUUCUCUCUUCAAACUGUGUGUUAUUUAUUUGAAAAAAGAUGAAACCUCACUACCUUACCUAUAAAAAACAACAACAAAAAACCUACAUCUGAAGCCCCCUAUAUUACAUAAUAGCAAUGUUUUCAAACACUACCAGUAACUAUUAAAUGAAGAACUAAACUAGUUUCGU